AUGCAGACCUUCUACCUCUUUUGUGAUGUGCCAGCUGAGGAGCCUCCAGCACUCUCCAUAGUCCACGAGAAACCUAAGGAAGGAAUCAAGACUGAGAACAAUGAUAAUAUUAAUUUGAAAGUGGCAGGGCAGAAUGGUUCUGUGAUGCAGUUUAAGAUUAAGAGGCAUAUGCCACUUAGUAAACUGAAGAAAGCCUAUUGUGAAGCACAGGUGGAAAUGGAGGAUGAAGAUACAGUUGAUGUGCUCGAGCAGCAGGUAGGAGGUGUCUUCUGA